AUGAUGGCAAAGAAAUGUUUCGAGUCAGAAUGCACGAAUGAGGUUGAGUAUUCAUGCACAUGCUCUUCUCCUAAGACUUUAUCUUGUGAAGUACACAUUGGGGAGCAUGUAAGCUUUCCUGAUAGAGCCCAUAACAUUGAAUCAAUGUUUAUCCAGCCUUGUGAAGGGACAAAAGAAGCAAUUCUUGAAUUCCUUACAAUGGAAAAUUCAAAAUACAGCGAGCUGAGAAGAAAAAUUAUAGAUUCCCUUAGCAAGUGCCCAUUUAAUUUAAAGAGAAAUUUAAGAGAUUUCAGAAAAAAAUUGAAUGAUUGCUCAGAUGAAAUAAAUGAUUUCUUUGCAAAAAUUUUCCAAGUUAAAACAAUAUCAAAGUUAGAGCAAGAUCCAAUAUUAGAAUUAUUGGUUUUACCGCCUGGAGAAGCUGUUGAGAAAGUAAAAUCGAUUACUAUAGCUAUGAAGGAUAGAUACAACAGUGCAAAAUUCUUUUAUCUAAUUAUUGAAAAGUUAUUGAACUUAAAUAGAUCCUUUGUUAAAGAAAAAUGCGAUGCAAAUCGAGAAAAUAUUAAUAUGCAAAAUGCUCCAGAAGUGCAUAAUAAAACUAUAGAGUCAGCAAACGUUAAGGAUUCAAUUUCCUUGAUAAUAAAUGAGAGCAGUGAGCCUGAAAACGUAAGCAAGCCAAUUAAAAAAAGCCUAGAAAACGAGACGAACUUGCUUAAUUCUCAUAUAAGUACUAUUUCUAAUGAUCUCAAUAAACUCAAGGAAACAGAAAGCGCUUUAAAAGUCAUAGACACCUUAAGAAAUAAAACUGCUGAGAUUUUGAGUAGACCAAACAAUCCAGAAUUCGAUAUAGAUUUCAGAACGACCUGCUCAGCAAUUCAGACCAAUUCUAGUUUUUAUGAUCCACCACUAAUGGAAGCUUACCAAGAUUAUCUUAAAGCUUAUCAACAAAGAACAUCUCUUUAUAAUAUUAAAUGAGAUUAUGUAAACAAGAGAACUGGUUUGCAUAUUUAUAACACUGAAACUGAAACACAAGAAGACAUCAAAACCUUGCAGACUCCAGAACCACUAGACUCAAAAACUUGCAUAACUCAUCUUCCAAAUGGCAAGUUAUUCUGUUUUGGUAAUAAGCCACGUUCUGGAAGAACAUUGCUGAUUGAUGUAAAUGGUGGAAUCGAAAAAUUACCAUCUGGAACUCCUUGCUAUUGAUCAUCAUGUACCUAUUUCAAAAACAGCGUCUACUGCUUUGGAGGAUAUGUCCACAAUGAUAAUGAUAAGGAGAGUAAUAAAUUAGGUGAUUGUGAUGUUGAGGCUUUACAUUUAUCUAAUAGAUUUGAUUUGGAUCAAAAUCGAUGAAUUGAAUUAAUUCCAAUGCCACAAGCAGAUUACUUGUGCAGUAGCAUAACAUUUAAUGGAAAUAUUUUGAUUUCUGGACAUUGAUAUAGAAAUCUUUUGCUAUAUUCAAUUGAUAUUGACUCUUUCUCAACAAUUCCUUGUAAGUUUGCAAAACGGAAAAGAAAGAUCCUGAUAAAUGUAGAAAGAUUAUAUUUGAUUGAAUGCAGUGGAUCAAUCUAUGAAAGCGAAAUUGGAAGUUACUCGAAUUGGAGACGAAUAGGAAAAUCAGCAAUCAAUAGCGAUCCUGUGCAAGUAUAUUGUUCGUAUAAUAAAGGAGGAAUAUACAUCUCAACUAUUCCCGCCUCUGAUUAUCAUUCGGCCAGAGAAUAUUAUUAUUUUAAUUUAGAUCAAAAAAUUAUUAUUGAUGUCGCUUACUAUAAUGAGCCUGUCUCACUUAGAAGAGUAGGCCAAAAGAUUGAAGCAAUAAAAUGAAAUAACCAGAAUUUUAAUCUCGAUCCUUCUCUUCUGGAUGAAUGAAAUCUAAAAGGCAAAGCUCUAAACACUUUAGGAGAAAAUCUAAAAGCAAUCGAAUACUAUGACGAAGCAAUCAAACUCAAUCCAAAAGAAGUUUAUUUAUACCUGAAUAAAGGCUACACUUUUUGUCAUUUGGAAAGAUAUUUAGAAGCAAUCGAAUGCUAUGACGAAGCAAUCAAACUCAAUCCAAAAGAUGAUUGUUUAUACAAUAUUAAAGGCAAUGCUUUUUAUGCCUUGAAAAGAUAUCUAGAAGCAAUCGAAUGCUAUGACGAAGCAAUCAAACUCAAUCCAAAAGCUGCUUAUUUAUACAAUAUUAAAGGCAGUGCUUUUUAUGCCUUGAAAAGAUAUCUAGAAGCAAUUGAAUGCUAUGACGAAGCAAUCAAACUCGAUCCAGACGAUGCUGGUUUUCACUAUUUUAGAGGUAAUGCUUUAAAUGAAUUAAGAAGAUAUCCAGAAGUAGUAGAAAGCGUUGACAAAGCAAUCAAAAUCAAUCCAAAUAGUGCCAGAUUUUAUAAUCGUAAAGGCAAUGCUCUUUAUGCUUUAUAG